CUAUCAUGUAUAUUGUAUUGGUACAUGUUAGGUUUUUUCACAGAUUAAACAGAAUUUAUCCAUACUUUGUUCUCAAAUUGCCGGUGAACGGAGCAGCAAGCAGGAGGGCACCAGGAUGUAGCCAGGAAUUCCAGUGGGUGAUGCCCAACUAUACUCCAAACUAACAGAUAUGGAUGGUCGGACCUCAUUACACAGUGCUGCUUCCAAUGGUCAUAUUGAUUUCAUCGAGUACUUGAUCAGUCAAGGGGCUGAUGUCAAUUCGGGGGAAUAAUUAUGGUAAGACCGUAUUACACAGUGGUGCUAAGAAUUGUCAUAUUGGCGCCACCAAAUAUCUGAUCAGCCAAGGAGCUGAGGUCGAUAAGGAGGAUAACAAUGGUCAGACUGCAUUACACACUGCUGUUGAAAGAAUGCUAUUGGCUAUUUGAUUAGCCAAGGAGCUAAGGUCAAUAUGGAGGAUAAAGAAGGGCAAAUUGCAUUACACAGUGCUGCUAAGGGUGGUCAUAGUGACGUCAUCCCAUAUCUGAUUAUUCAAGGAGCUGAGGUCAACAUGGAGAAUAACGAUGGGUGGACUGCAUUGCACAUUGCUGCUAAGAAUGGUCGUAUUGACGUCAUCGAAUGGUUGAUUGACCAUGAAGCUGAGGUCAAUAAGGAGGAUAAUCAUGGUGAGACUGCAUUACACAUUGCUGCUAAGAAUGGUCGUAUUGACGUCAUCGAAUAUCUGAUCAGCCAUGAAGCUGAGGUCAAUAAGGAGGAUAACAAUGCUGAGACUGCAUUACACAUUGCUGCUAAGAAUGGUCGUAUUGACGUCAUCGAAUGUUUGAUUAGCCAUGAAGCUGAGGUCAAUAAUGAGGAUAAUCAUGGUGAGACUGCAUUACACAUUGCUGCUAAGAAUGGUCGUAUUGACGUCAUCGAAUGUUUGAUUAGCCAUGAAGCUGAGGUCAAUAAGGAGGAUAAUCAUGGUGAGACUGCAUUACACAUUGCUGCUAAGAAUGGUCGUAUUGACGUCAUCAAAUGUUUGAUCAGCCAUGGAGCUAAGGUCAAUAUGGAGGAUAAUAAUGGUGAGACUGCAGUACACAUUGCUGCUAAGAAUGGUCGUAUUGACGUCAUCGAAUGUUUGAUCAGCCAUGGAGCUGAGGUCAAUAAGGAGGAUAAUAAUGGUGAGACUGCAUUGCACAUUGCUGCUAAGAAUGGUCGUAUUGACGUCAUCAAAUAUCUGAUCAGCCAUGGAGCUGAGGUCAAUAAGGAGGAUAACAAUGGUGAGACUGCAUUGCACAUUGCUGCUAAGAAUGGUCGUAUUGACUUCAUCAAAUAUCUGAUCAGCCAUGGAGCUGAGGUCAAUAAGGAGGAUAACAAUGGUGAGACUGCAUUACACAUUGCUGCUAAGAAUGGUCGUAUUGACUUCAUCAAAUAUCUGAUCAGCCAUGAAGCUGAGGUCAAUAAGGAGGAUAACAAUGGUGAGACUGCAUUACACAUUGCUGCUAAGAAUGGUUGUAUUGACGUCAUCGAAUGUUUGAUCAGCCAUGAAGCUGAGGUCAAUAAGGAGGAUAAUAAUGGUGAGACUGCAUUACACAUUGCUGCUAAGAAUGGUCGUAUUGACGUCAUCAAAUAUCUGAUCAGCCAUGGAGCUGAGGUCAAUAAGGAGGAUAAUAAUGGUGAGACUGCAUUACACAUUGCUGCUAAGAAUGGUCGUAUUGACGUCAUCGAAUGUUUGAUUAGCCAUGAAGCUGAGGUCAAUAAGGAGGAUAAUCAUGGUGAGACUGCAUUACACAUUGCUGCUAAGAAUGGUCGUAUUGACGUCAUCGAAUGUUUGAUUAGCCAUGAAGCUGAGGUCAAUAAGGAGGAUAAUCAUGGUGAGACUGCAUUACACAUUGCUGCUAAGAAUGGUCGUAUUGACGUCAUCGAAUGUUUGAUUAGCCAUGAAGCUGAGGUCAAUAAGGAGGAUAAUCAUGGUGAGACUGCAUUACACAUUGCUGCUAAGAAUGGUCGUAUUGACGUCAUCAAAUAUCUGAUCAGCCAUGGAGCUGAGGUCAAUAAGGAGGAUAAUAAUGGUGAGACUGCAUUACACAUUGCUGCUAAGAAUGGUCGUAUUGACACCAUCGAAUGUUUGAUUAGCCAUGAAGAUGAGGUCAAUAAGAAGGAUAAUCAUGGUGAGACUGCAUUGCACAUUGCUACUAAGAAUGGUCGUAUUAACGUCAUCGAAUGUUUGAUUAGCCAUGGAGAUGAGGUCAAUAAGAAGGAUAAUCAUGGUGAGACUGCAUUGCACAUUGCUACUAAGAAUGGUCGUAUUAACGCCAUCGAAUGUUUGAUUAGCCAUGAAGCUGAGGUCAAUAAGGAGGAUAAUCAAGGUGAGACUGCAUUACACAUUGCUGCUAAGAAUGGUCGUAUUGACGCUAUCGAAUGUUUGAUUAGCCAUGAAGUUGAGGUCAAUAAAGAGGAUAAUCAAGGUGAGACUGCAUUACACAUUGCUGCUAAGAAUGGUCGUAUUGACGUCAUCGAAUAUCUGAUCAGCCCUGAAGUUGAGGUCAAUAAAAAAGAUAUUGAAUGGUGAGACUGCAUUACACAUUGCUGCUAAGAAUGGUCGUAUUGACGUCAUCGAAU